UGUCACGGCGCGGGGCGGACCCACGGCCGGGGAGGUGACGUGGCAUUGGUCAGCCGGGCACAGGGCGGGCACGCGGAGCAGGAAACUGGCUUCCGAUUGGUCGGGGUGGCUUCGGGCGGAUGGAAGGCGGCAUGCGAUUGGACAGCACCGCGCAGCGGGCUCCAGCGACUGGUGCACCGGACGCCGCUCUGCCGGGGACAUGGCGGCGCGCAGCGGGCGCUGGCUGCGGGGGCUGCUCGAGGCCGGGCGACCCCUGUUCCGCGGCCGCGCGCUGCUCGUCACCAACACGCUGGGCUGCGGCGUGCUCAUGGCGACCGGCGACGGCGCGCGCCAGGCCUGGGAGAUGCGUGCGAGGCCCGCCCAGCGCUUCGAUCCCGGGCGUUCAGCCCGCAUGUUCGCCGUGGGCUGCAGCAUGGGCCCCUGCAUGCACCUGUGGUACGGCUGGCUGGACCGCCUGCUCCCCGCCGCCGGCCUGCGCAGCCUCCCCAGCGUCCUCAAGAAGGUCCUGGUGGACCAGCUCGUGGCGUCGCCGGUGCUGGGCGUGUGGUACUUCCUGGGCAUCGGCUACCUGGAGGGCCAGACCCUGCAUGAGAGUGUCCUGGAGCUGCAGGAGAAGUUCUGGGAAUUCUAUAAGGCUGACUGGUGCGUGUGGCCCGCUGCGCAGCUGCUGAACUUCCUGUUCGUGCCGCCCCAGCUGCGGGUCACCUACAUCAAUGGGGUGACGCUGGGCUGGGACACCUACCUGUCCUACCUCAAGUACCGCGUGAGCGGGGCCCCGCCCGCCCCGCACAGUUGCUGUCAAGGGCCGGACUGAGCCCCAGCACCCUCCCGGCCUCAGUCUCCCCACGACGACGCCUCGGGCUGGACCCCCGUGACGGUGAUGGUGACAGUGACCGGACACCCUCCCGGCCAGGAGGGUCUCCGCCGGCCCCGGGGUCCGAGAGAAGACGCCAUUAAACCUGGGGUCCUGGAGACCUUGGGGGACCGCA